CCACUCGCUAUAUAUCUGCCGUGUUCAUCAGAUUAUUAUUAACAUAACACACAUACAUACAUCGUCCACCUACGGCUGGCUGGCUCGUUGAUGGGCAGCAGCAGCUUCUUCCCGGCCGGCGGCGAGAUGUGCAUGGAGGAGGGCCGCCGCCCGGCGGGGAGGCGCGGCGCCAAGAAGCAGGCGGCGGUGGAGCACCACAAGGCCAACAGGCAGCCGCAGCGCGGACUGGGCGUCGCGCAGCUCGAGAAGAUCCGCCUCCACAACCAGAUGCUGGCCGCCUACCGCUCCGCCGGAUCAUCAGGCCUGCACCCGCCGGCCACGGCUGCGCAGCCGCAGGCGCCGCCCUUCGCCGCCGCCUCCCCCUCGUUCCAGCAAUCAUACCGCCUCACGAACUGCUUCCAGGAGACGGAGCGGGGCAUCGUGCCCGUGCCCGUGCCCGAGCAGCACUACUACGGCUACGACUACGACGGCCACCACCACCACCACCUGCUGCCGUACAGCUCGAGCCCGCCGCCGCCGUCGCUGUUCGCGCACGACGUCAGGGAUUCCUCCGGCCACAGGCUGGGCCAGCCGCCGCAGCAGCAGCAGCACUACUGGAUGAUGAGCAGCGCGAGCGAGGGGUCCAGGUCGUCCAGCCACGGCAGCGCGGAGGAGCUCGACUUGGAGCUCAGAUUGUAGCAGCUGCUGCCUCUGCCUGCCUGCAGCGAUUUUAGUUAGUUUAAUUUGUUCUGGGCUACUGUAUUAGCUAGCUAGGCUCAACUACUACAUAUCUGAAUCACAGACAGUUGGUCGGAUGCGCAUGAGCGAAGAAGCAUCAUGCAGCAGCUACCUACCACUGCCACUGUAAGUGGGAAACGCAACGACAGAGGAUCGAUCGGACGAGAGGAGAGCAGAGCCCUGCUGCAAUAGAUUAAUUACGAGUACUAAUUAGCUAGCCUAUCGCCUUAAUUACCUGCAGCAAGCUAGCUAUAUGUAAAUUACGAAAUGUCACAGCAUUUGAAUUUGUCACCAACGACUUCACA